UUUAUUACCUGUGAUAAAGUUUCGUUUUGAGUUUUUCUCUUCUCUGCCGCUGUGUUUGCACUUUGAUUUUAGAAAAUUUGUUAUAAUUUUGUUAUGAUUAGAAUCACCGAUUCGUUUUUAGUCCGAUGAAUACAUAUGCUUUCCAUAUUAUUACCAGUUUCUUAUGUGACUAUUAUUUAAUUCGUCCAAAAUCUAUUUUAAACGCUACAGUUCUGUGAUAUCAAUCCACCGCUUUGUUUUUCCUGUUAUUUUUAUUUUAAUAUUAAGGUUAUUAUCGACCUGUCAAGUAGACAUUUUUUCGUCAAGCUGUCUUCACAAAUUCGCAAAAUAGGAGACGAUAAUACUUUCAAGUUCUCUAGUUUCAUAUCGAACCUACCACCUAUAGGUGGUAGAGGCAUGCCGCGCUGCAGCAAGCGCACUCGUAGCGGAGCAGCGGAAUUGCUGCCUGGUGCCACCUCUCUGGACGACCACACGCACAAACGCAGUCGGAACAGUCGUCGACAUGCUCGAGCUGAUGAUACCACCUUCAGCGCCAAGAAAUGCUUGGCCUGGUUCAAAGAAUACACCACUCUUAGUGAACCUGAAGUGUUAGGUCCAGAAGGAAUGGAAAAAUUCUGCCAAGACCUUGGAGUGGAUCCCGAGAAUGUGGUGAUGUUAGUUAUUGCAUACAAAAUGGGUGCCAAACAAAUGGGAUACUUCACUCAGGAAGAGUGGAUCAAAGGUCUCACGGAGCUGCAGUGUGACAACGUGCAGAAGCUGCAGAACAAGCUAGAACACCUGCGCGGCCUCCUUAACGACCCGCACAUAUUCAAGGCGAUAUAUCGAUACUCGUACGACUUCGCGCGGGACAAGGACCAGCGCUCACUGGACACAGCCACGGCGCGCGCCCUACUGGGGGUGCUGCUCCCGCGCUGGGCGCUCCGUCCCGCGCUGGGAGAGUUCCUGGCCCGCGGCAGGCGGUACCGCGUCGUCAACCGCGACCAGUGGUGCAACAUACUGGAGUUCAGCAGGACCGUGGACGCCCAGCUCGUCGCCUACGACGCGGACGGCGCAUGGCCCGUGAUGCUGGACGAGUUCGUGGAGUGGCUGCGGACGGAGAGGGAGCAGCGACCCCGGACCAGCUGAGGACCGGCCGCGGUGAGGUCCAUCGAGACUGCAGUAUAUAUUGAAGUAUAGUUGUUAACAAAACGUAUUGUGUGUUGAAGACAUCGGGCCUGCCCGGCCCCCGCAGGCCCUCUGCCAGCCCCCCGGGUCCCGCACAGGCCCGUGUCGGCGCUCCUCGUGCAGUCCAGGUCGCGGCCGGGGAGUGCGUCAUGUAUUACUAUGAGUGAGGACAUUUCUGUUUAUGUUUCUGUGUGACGCCGCUAUCUUUUAGUUGACUCCUGGCGAGCUCCUCCGGGUCGGGCGCCGAGUCGCCUCGCGUUCCGCCCUUCUAUUGUAUUUGUAAAAUUUAUAAUCUUAUUACAUGUCAAAUACUCCCGAGUUGUUAUCGAUUCUUUAUAAUAUAAUUUAUUGAAUAUGAACACCCACCGAAGCCGACUUGUAUGAUACGAAAUAUUAACUACGAGGAACAAAUAUGGAUAUUGUAAUGAUGCUCUACUGAAUGUUUCAUAAGGACCUGUCACGAGUAUUGUAAGAGGGGACUAAGUUAUACACAAACCGGUCAUAGCUAUUUGUACUAGAAAUAUGUAAAGUUAAUGUUGUGUUAGUGAUGAAGUAACAGCUUUGGAAAAACAUGUUGAUCAGAUCAGGUCACGGGCAUGGUUUGAUAUGUGGAACUCAUUUUAAUAUAGAGUGAUGGUCUCGGACUGAAUUAAGACUAAAUUAAAUAUUAAUUUCCUUAUUAUUAUAGAUUUCUUCAGCCAACACCAUUCACUUAUUGUAUUUGAUAAUUUUUGAAACUUUUUGGUAACUUAUUUAUAUAUAACAAUACACAGAUUAAAUUUAUAAAACCCAUAAAUUAAACAGUCAUUGAAAAAUCAAUAUAAAUUGUUAUUAAAGGCCAUUUGCUGGUAUGUAGUAUGUUGAACAGUUUGAAAUGUAUAAUUUGAUGAGGACUUGGAUUUAUAAACAUUCAUUAAAUUAAUACUGUAUACCGUAUAUUAUACUAGAUACAGAAGGUGGGAAUAGUCGGAGCUGAUGACUAGACUCCGUUGUAUGUCAGUGACACAACCCUAGAAUAAGAAUCAUUAUAUUUCACGGGAAACAUAUAAGCAACAGUACUGUAGUCAGGGACCCUUGAGUCUGUAAGGACGCGAGGGGAGACGACAUCCAUUGUAAGCCAGUAUAUUUAUAUAUUUAUAUAUACGUAUGUAUGUAUUUCAUUUUAUUGUAGUAUCGAAACCCGAACUCGACUGAAAGCUUUCUACGUUAAGUGUCGCUUUUCUCGGAGAUUUUGACUUUCGUGUUCGGCCUCGUGUCAAGCUGUCACCUGUCACCUGUCAGGGCCUCGAGCCCCGGCCGCGACACGCCGUUCCCACAGACUAGGGCGUCUAGUCUAACUAGGUUUAGGUGUAGAUAUGGUUUUUAUAAGACAUGUAGCUAGUAUUUUCAAAUUCUCUAUGAUUGUAACGAAUAUGGUAUGUUUCUGUAAGAAAGCGAUUGUAAACGAAAUUAAUCUCAAAUGUUUUAGGCCCUUGUAACGAAUGUCAUUGCAAGAAAAAUAUAUGAUAUAAAAUUUA